AUGUCGACAUCGGGCCAGCCGCCGUUCCAGUCGCGCGGGUUCGAGACCUCGAUUGAUAUUGCCCGCCGCCAGACCUAUCAAGUAGCGCCAGUCGCAGGAGUUAAAAGAACAUCAUCGACGAGGUCCCCCGAGCCUCUCAAGCUAGAACAAGGAGCGUCUCACCAUACGUUCCAGCACAAACCCAGAACCCUCGUGGAUGACAUCCAGGAAUCAACGCCUUUGGAGUCCGCUCGAGCCUCACUCGCCAGUCUAAACAGAUUCCAUCCCAGCAAGAUCCGCCCAGGUCCAGGUGCGGGCGCACCAGAUCCCGAAGAGCCCAGGGAUGGGCAAAGGAACCCUCUUCUGUCCCUCACAAACCCCAAGUACGGGUUGCCGCCGGCACUGACGGCCAAUUUUGCCGCUCUAGGUGUGAAGAAUAUCUACCCAUGGCAGGCAUCGUGUCUGCUCGCAAAGGGUCUACUCUCGGGUGAGCGGCACCUGGUCUAUACGGCCCCCACCGGCGGCGGAAAGUCCCUAGUCGCCGAUGUGCUGUUACUAAAACGCAUUAUUGAGAAUCCUGGCCGCAAGGCGCUCCUGGUACUGCCGUAUGUGGCGCUGGUACAGGAGAAGCUGAAAUGGGUGCGUCGGAUUGUCGAGGGCGUGGAGAGGAAUGUGCCUGAUGAUGGUGAGGACCAUAAUGCGUCGUUCCCACGCAAGCGAUGGAAGAAGUUGCAGAAGCAGAUUCGGGUUACUGGGUUCUUUGGUGGAAGUCGGACAACGGCGACUUGGGCGGAUACCGACAUUGCGGUCUGUACAAUAGAGAAGGCCAACUCUUUGAUUAAUACUGCUAUCGAGGAGUGUAGCAUCGGAGAAUUGGGUGUGGUGGUGCUCGAUGAGCUGCAUAUGCUUGAUGAUGAGCAUCGAGGAUACCUCUUGGAGUUGAUGGUCACGAAACUGCUAUUGCUCCAGCAGGACAUCCAGAUUGUUGGCAUGAGUGCAACGCUAUCCAAUACGGAGAUGCUUGCACAGUGGAUGAAUGCAAAGUUCUUCAUUUCUACAUACCGUCCAGUUCCUAUUGAUGAAUAUCUCGUUUACGAAAAUGCUAUUUACCCAGCAGCAACUUCGAGGCAACUAUUCCAGACGGCAUCCAAAUUGACAACCGCGAAUUCAGCUUCAUUGCAUGACUCGAUUCCUCCGCAAAGACUCAUUGAUGUUUCUGAAUACAAGGAGCUUAGUAACGCUGCGACCAACUCCAUGGUGGCAUUGGCCGUUGAAACGGCUUCUGCGGGCUACGGCGCAUUGGUGUUCUGCAGUAGUCGCGCAGCGUGUCAGAUACAUGCUGCUACAAUCAGCGAGGCAAUGCCCAGUAUUUCCCCAGAUGAGACGGAAGAGCUGAGCAAGCGUUUGGAUCUACUUGCAGAGUUGCGAAGUCUCGCGUGUGGAUUGGAUCCAGUCCUGGAGAAGACAAUCAUCAAAGGAGGUGGAUUCCAUCAUGCUGGCAUGACCACCGAAGAGCGGGAGUUGAUUGCCCAAGCAUACGAUCAAGGUGUACUGAGAGUGCUGGUUGCUACGUGCAGUCUUGCUGCUGGGGUCAACCUUCCCGCUCGACGGGUUAUCAUCAAUGGAGCACGGAUGGGCCGGGAGUUGGUCGGGCCCGCAAUGCUACGGCAAAUGUGCGGACGAGCUGGUCGCAAAGGCAAGGAUGAUACGGGCGAGACGUAUCUGAUUUGUAUCAAGGCUGAUUUGGAAGCCGUGUGCGAAUUACUCGACGCUGAUAUGCCUGCCAUCGAGAGCUGCUUGGCACCCGAGAAAAGAGGCUUGAAAAGGGCCCUCCUUGAAGCUAUAGCAACGGGUUUAGUAUCCGGCGGCGAGGCCAUUAAGGACUAUGUGCGCUGUACACUUCUCUACCGCACCCUCGACAAGAAACUCGUAUAUAGCAUUAUGAAUUCCGCUUUACAGGAGCUGAUCAACGAGGCUCUCAUUGUCUUCAAAGAGGAUGAGUCUUAUGAAGCAACACUGCUGGGCCAGGCAGUCGUUGCCUCAGCCUUCUCCCCCGAAGAUGGGCUCUUCGUGCAUGAGGAACUCAAGCGUGCCUUACAAGCAUUUGUCAUGGAUGGUGACAUGCACAUAUUUUACAUGUUUACACCAUUCCAAGUUGCUAUGAAUACCCCGAUCGACUGGCCGAUAUUCCGCGAUCAGCUGGACCGGUUGGACGAGAGUGGCCUUCGAGCGCUGCAAUUUGUUGGCGUACAGCCAGGAUUUGUCAACACCAUGGUCCAAUCGGGGGCUUCUCUCAAAGAAAAUACACCAGCCCAACAGAAACAAGCCCGUAUAUACCGGCGCGCCUACACAGCCUUUCAACUUCGUGACUUGAGCAAUGAGGUACCACUCUCCACGAUUGCAGCCCGAUACCGCAUUCCCCGUGGCACGGUCCAGACCCUCGCCCAGCAUUGCCAUGGCUUCGCUGCCGGUAUCGUCAGGUUCUGCCAACGCAUGAAUUGGGGCAUGAUGGCGGCUGUGCUGGACCAUAUGCGGGACCGGCUAGAAGCUGGCGCGCGAGCGGACCUGCUGGAGAUGGCACAGGUCACUUUCGUCAAGAGCUGGACGGCACGCUGCCUAAGAGAGAAUGGGUUCCUGAACUUGAGAGCCCUGGCGGAGGCGGAUCCGAAGGAUUUAGUCCCAGUGCUUAUGAUGGUCAAUCCGCGCAAGACUCAGAGGAAUCAGCCUUAUCCUACCGAAGCAGAGCGGUAUGCUGCGAAGCUAUUGGUGAAGGCGGAGACGAUUGUUGCCUCUGCGAAUAAGAUAUGGGAGCGCGAGAUGCAGGUUGAACUGGAGGAAUGA